GUCAAAAUAAAUUGAUAUUUUUUAGGAAAAUUUAAUUAACUCGAUCCGCAGUUUUUUGAAUAUUGUAAUUACCAAUCCUUAGAGAUGUUUUAGCGACUUACUAAAUAAUCCAAAAAUGAAUUUGCACCAGAUUGUGAGCGGUGCCUGCAAUGCAGGAGACAAGUGCUUUGCAGUAGGUUCCGUGGAAGGUGUUCCCUUCACAGCUUACGCUGCUGGUUGUAACAUAGUCAUUUUGGCUUCAACCUUUGAAAGGGUACAGAUUAUACCAGGUGCUGUUCACGAUUAUAUUCGAAUCAGUUCUAUAGAUUGCUCUAGUGACACUGGAAAAAUCGCUGCCGCCUAUGAUAAUACUGUUUGUAUUUAUGAGCCUACACCCUUAAUACAUAAUAAUUCACCACAUGGCCUCGACUAUCGAUGGGUGCAAACAGGCAGUUUAAAAACAGAUUCGGCCAUAAGAGCACUAAGUUGGAAUUUGGAAGGUACUCGCCUUCUGAUAUCAGGCAACGAUAUCCAAUUAUGGCAUUUGAAACAACAGAUACCCGAAGAACCUUCUGUCACGUUCACACUUGGCGGUGGAAAUGAGGAAAGUGAAAGUGCAGAUGAACCUGAUAAACCACAAGAACAAGAGCAAACUUCUUGGCAAUGCGUUUGGAAAGCCAACACUGCUAUACCAGUGCAACAUUUGGCCUUUUCUCCUGACGGUACUCUUUUUGCUACAUGUGGUGAAAAUGACAGAUUGGUCAAGAUUUGGUAUGAGAAUAAACAUUUUCUUUUUACCUACAAAAGUACAGAAGGUCCACAGGAGUUAGACUACGGAUUCGUUUAUAUAGCUCAUCCAAGAGCUGUUACUCAUAUUUCUUGGCGAACUACCAGUAAAUAUAUGCCUAAGGGCUCAGUAUCUAAUAUGCUGUUGACAUCUUGCAAAGACAACAUAUGUCGAUUGUGGGUCGAAACUGUUCUGCCUGAAGAUGGACUUGUCAAUUUGUCGCAGCUAGAUCCUCAAGCUCACCAUCCCAAAUUCAGAACACACAGGCAUAAGCAUAGAUUUAUGCAGAGAUUGAAACAUAUGAAGGCCUGUUUCCAUAUAAGAAGAAACGCCAAACAUCAACCUCAAGGUUUUUUAGGCUCUGCACCACAACCAAUUCCUAGCUUACCAUCUACUUAUAGCGUGCACGAUUUCCAUUCCUAUGGAUAUCAUGGAACAGGUGUAACACCAGGGCUGCACUUCCAUUUGGCCGCAUCAGUAAACGCAGAAACUGACAUUCCUUUGGUUCCUAGCAUAAGUUAUUGCAAUCCCAAGCCUGCAUUUGUAUUGCACUGGUUGGAUAACAAGGAAAUGCAAUUUAGUUUACAGGCUGAAUUGUUUUUGGAAGAAUUUGCCAGGCCUGUAGUGGACAAUCCUGAAUCUGAAGAAAAUUGUUUGGAGCCUUCAAUGGAAUCUGGAGCUCCAGAUGGAGUUGAUGCAAGAAUUGAAACAUUUUUGAGAGACUGGCAUCACAGUCCUGAUUUGUUAUUCAGUAUUCAUCCUGUAGAUGGCAGCUUUUUAAUUUGGGUUAUUGAGUGGCUAGACGAAUUUCAUCCCGGAUCAUUCCGUCAAGCACAAGUGUCGUUUUCCACUAGAAUCCCAUCAGCUUUUCCGAUUGGUGACUCGAUGAGUAUGUCCACCACUGUCAGUUUAUACAGCACAACGCCUUUAGUGAAACAUUUGGUAAAACACGCUGUCAACAGGGAAUUUUGUAACAGAAAUCUUAGCAGUGUGAAAGAGGAGGACGAAAAUAAACCUGAUUUGGAGGGUCUUGUUUGUACCGAUGAUCAAAAUGACACUGUCCCAGUAGUAUAUCUGGUAACUAAACACGACAAUGGAACUUUAAAUUUGUGGCAUCUUACUUUUGCGGAUCAAAGCAAAUUCGCUCAAGUUCUAAGUAUCGGUCACCGAAGCAGAGCUUCAGGCCACAGAUUCAGAGUCAAUGACAUCACUUGUCAUCCGGUAUUACCACUUUUGUUGACUACCAGUCAUCACAACAUUGUCGAUCAAAAGAGUCCACAGAAAUCGAAUGGAUUCUGCAGUGAAUUGAUUCUCUGGAAAGUAGACGCAGUGGGUCCUCUAUCAAAAUCUGGAGGCAUUUGCGAGCUAGCUCGUAUCAGUUCGCCAGAACCGUCUGCUUUCAGCAAUGUUGCCUGGAUUCCUACUUUACUACCAUCAAGCACCCUUGGUAAUCUCUCAAAUUCCCCUAGUGCUUGUUUUGUUGCCUCAGAUGGUCAGUGUCUCAGAGUCUACCAAGCAGUCAUUGAUGCUAGAACCUUGCUAGCAGAUUUGUCUUUCAAAGAAACUCGUCAGAAACAAAAUGAUCAUGAUAUGAGCGAUAUGUCGGAUAUGUCAUCGUUUAUUGAAGACACACUUUUGGAGAAUAUUAAUAUUGUGUCUCAGCAAAGUACUUCUAGACCUGGUUGUAUAAUUCAACUGGAAACUAUUGCUGAGGCUAUUGAGUGGCAAAAUACGACAUUUUUGCAUGUUUAUCAGGAACAAUUAAUCACUGGCCAAAGAAGCUCUACAAAAGCUGCAAACCAAGACGCAAUGGUUGACUUGCAACAGUCGUCAGUAUUUGAAGAACCAUUCUUCAUAGUACUUUUAGAUUGCACAGAUCAAAAUACUAUAAUACAUACGUGGAAGUUAACCAUAGCUUCAACUGAUACAGAUUUAUCUUUAACAGCCAGUCAAAUGUAUGUUCCAGAUUGCAACUUAAUUCAAGAUGAGAAUGACGUUUCAAGAAGAAACAGCGUAGAGUCGAUUCACUUGAAACAAUCCAAAGUUACUCCCCAUAUUACAUUGACAGUUGAGAGGGAAAUAAAACAAGUUUUACCCUUACCAGAUGGGGUUGAGAUUGUUCAUGCUACAGCAGCUGCUGGUCAUUUAAGUUCUGCAUCUAUUUAUCCUGCUUGUCUUGCUCCAUAUUGUUUUGCAACAGCUUGCAGUGAUGGUGUUAUAAGAUUCUGGGCAGUUUCAAAUCUUGCUCAUCAAAUAAGAGAGUUUUCAAAUCUUAUGCUUGAAGAAAACGGAAUAAUAGUUAAUUCUAAUAAGGUUUGGGCUGAAUGGAGCAUGAUCAAAGAAUCUGCUAUUGAAAUUGAAGGACAGGUUUUGAAUAUAAGUGUGGCUUAUUCGGGAAGAUUGGCCUGUGCUUAUAAAUAUGGUAAAAGUUUCACCAGGCCUAAUAAAUCAGAUCAGGAUUCUAGAUAUAUCAAUUUAUGUGUUGCUAUAUAUGAAUGUGAGUCUACUGGAGGAACUGAAUGGAUUUUAGAAGAUAUAAUUCAUUUGAAAAACAUUCAUUUGCCAAGAAUUGACAUUAAUAAACAUCUUGAUUUGAGUUACUUGUACGAUUCAAAAACGCUAAAGAAGAAGCAGAGAAUUAAUGAAGUUUUGCACACUUUGUCAAAUGAGGAUAGGCAACCUAACAUGCUGUCAACUGAAGGCAUAAAACCCACACUAUUAGCUGUACCGAGCUUCACAACUCUACAGUCACUUAGAAAAUCAAUUUCAGAAAUGGGCAAUAUUUGUCCUCUAACACAAAAACAUAUUGUACAACUUGAUUGGGUGUCAAAUGAAGAUGGAUCUCAUAUUUUAACUGUGGCUUGUGGCAGUAAGAUUCUACUUUAUACUCCAUUGUCUACGGAUUUGGCACAAGCUAAUGUAAAGGCUAUGAAGGAGUCUUUGAAUAAUUUCAGACCAAUUUUGAGGAAAGCUAGUUCUUUGGCACAACCAAUGUUUGUAGAUGAUUUUAAAUGGAUGACCCUAAGAAAAAUUGAGUUACACACUGCUGAUGGAUUGCCUGCUUUGCCGAUGCAAAUAAGUUGGGUACGUGAUGGUAUCUUAGUAGUUGGCAUGGAUUCGGAAAUGCACGUUUACACCCAGUGGAAACCGCAACAGCAUAAUCAGAAACAAGUUGGUGGUAGCGUUACCGAAACAGAUAGCAGCAGAGAAAUGGAUUUCAGGACUCUUACUCAAGAAAAUCAAAAGAAACUGGCCGCAGUCCCUACAUUAGGCAGGAUUAGUUCAGUUAACUUGCAGAUUUUGGACCGUAAAAGAAACAAAGAACAGAGUCUGGAUUAUAUGCCAGAUUAUGGUUUAUUUGAAGCCUCUAGGAUCGCUUGCCCAGUGCUUCCUCAAUACCAUCCAAAACAACUAAUGGAACUUCUCAAUUCAGGGAAAAUAAGAUGGGUCAAGGCGAUUUUGGCACAUUUAGUCAAGUGUAUAGGUGGUAACCAAGAACCUCCAGAAGAUAUUCAAGGAUGGGCUAGAAAUCGUACAUUGUCUGUUAGUUAUCCAGCUGGUAGCCCUGAACAUAGAGCUAGUAUUAGCGAAAUUACAUUGGAUUAUGAUGAAAUAAGUAAUAUACCUCCCCUGCCUCUAUGGACAUUGCUUGCUGCUGAUAAAGAAAAACCUCUUACCCAAGAAGAGAAAAAGGAUUAUAAUGAGCUGUUCGAUAGCAAUGUAAUAAUGGAAGAAUCUUUAAAUUUGGAUGAUGAUGAAGAGGUUGGCAGAAGGGAACGACGAGCUUCAGAAAGAAAUGUCGGACUUACUCAUUUUACACCCAAACAAGGCAGGAUAUUAUCCAGGCUUUUAACUCAUAUGCAUCUCCCAGGAUUAUCUAGUUUAGAUCAAAUGCAUCUAUUAGCUCUAGCUGAUACUGUAGCUACAUGUAACACUGAUUUGGCUGAAAGAUUUGCAAUUGAUGCCGCUAAAUCAGCCAUAGCCAAAGAAAACCUGCAGAAUCAAGCUGAAGAAGUUGUGACAGACAACUUAGAUGAUUGCGGAUUAAGAUUUUUACUAGCAAUGAAACAUUACAGCUACCUUCUGAGAUGUCUUCCUCUAGCACAAAGGUCUCAAUUCCAAAAGAACGGCGUCGGAAGUAAUAAUCUUGCUUGGGCGUUCCACUCAGAAAGUCAAGAGGAACUGUUGAAUUUAAUACCUAGCUAUGCAAAAGGAGCGCCCACUUGGACACAGCUUAGAGAGUUGGGAGCCGGGUGGUGGAUUCGAAACUUAGCUUUGUUGAGGCAGAGUGUCCAAGUUCUAGCUAAAGCUGCUUAUCAGUCUAAUCAAGAUCCUAUGGAUGCGGCACUCUAUUAUUUGGCCAUGAAUAAGAAGAAUCUGCUGUGGGGAUUGUACAGAUCAAAACGAGACCAAAGAAUGACUGACUUUUUCUCAAACAAUUUCGCCGAAGAUCGUUGGCGUAAAGCCGCACUGAAAAACGCUUAUGCUCUAUUGGGCAAGCAAAGAUUCGAACAUGCCGCUGCAUUUUUCUUGUUAGCAGGCAACUUAAAGGACGCCGUGGAAAUUUGCUUACGUAAAAUCGACGAUAUUCAGAUGGCUAUUGUCAUUACAAGAUUGUAUGAAGGUGAUGGGGAGAGUCUAAAGAAGCUCCUGUAUAGAGAGAUAUUAGGAUUUGAUGAAAAUGGUGAAAAUCAAGAUCUUUCCAUUGCCCAUCCAGAUCCGUUCCUUAGAUCUAUGGCUCUUUGGUUAAUAAAAGAACAUCAACCUUCUCUUGAUACCCUUUUAAUUGGUGGAGCUGGCACUCAACAUCCUGCCCAUGACGAAGAAGCCAGAGAAAGAAAAGAAGCUGAUCCUAAUGUGUUCAAUUUCUAUGUAUAUCUCAGAACUCAUCCCCUACUGGUCCGUCAGCAUUUAGCUGCUAGUGGACAAAAGAAGGAUUCAAUAACUUCUUUGGAGAGGCAAUUGUAUUUUGCUACCGCACAUGGACAUUUUAGAGCUGGUUGUCCUGCAUUGGCUUUAGAAGUUUUGUCUAAGUUACCAAAUGUAGUGCCUGAUAAACAAAAGACUUCACCCUUGUCUCCUAGUGCACCACAUGAUAAAGCAAUUGAAGAAAUUGCUUCUGGUAUGAUUUCGUGGGACAGUAAGCCAGCUAUUAAUCAGAGCUCUGCAGAUUUUGAUUGGAGUGGACCAGUAAAUGGAGGAGUGAAAACUGACGACUUGGAUUUAAAAUGGAGCGAUGAUGAAGGUGAUGCAGAUUCUGAUGAGUCAGGUGGUCUUGCAAUGAAAAUAGGUGACAAAAAAGAAAAGGAAGAGUUACUGACUCGAGAACAAACUGAAGAGGAAGAAAAAAAAGAGGAGGUACAAAAUCAAGUAGACAUUAUGGCACAGCAACUAAAGUUCGUGGCUUGUUUGAAAAUUCUAAUGGAAGAACUUUCAACCUUGGCUACAGGUUUUGAAGUUGAUGGAGGACAACUGCGUUACCAACUUUAUUUAUGGCUAGAAAAGGAAGUAGAAGCCUUAAGAGAACUUUGUAAUUACACAGCCUCAGACGUCAUCGAAUCAUCUGACCUAGAUCCAUCUCAAGAUGUCGAAAAUUCUCAAGUAGUUGAGUACAAUCCAAAACCGACAUUACACGAAAUUUUAGUACAAGAAAAAUUGGAUUUCGAAGCCAAAGUCCAAAGAGCGGCCAAACGUAAGCGCUGGCUAAGAGCCAAUGAAACGUUGCUCAGGACUUUGCUAAGUUAUUGUUCUCUACAUGGAGCCACUGGUGGCUUGGCUUCAGUCAGGAUGGAGCUGAUGUUGCUUUUGCAAGAAUUGCAACAAGAGAAAACGCAUCAGCAAUUACUGAGCCCACUACCGUUUCCAACCAGUUUGCCUUUAUUGGCGGCCAGUGUUGCUAGUAGCAAAACCGUUAUUGCUGAUCCUAUUCGAUAUCUACAGUGUCUCACUCAUGAUAUGUUGCACACAAUGGUUGAAUUGAGAAAUCCACACACAAAUCAAACUCAAUUGUUGGUGUUGAGAGACUUGGCUAUUGCUCUGUCUGCUUGUAUUUAUCAAUCGCUUUGUGACUCUGAUACUUUCAAGGCUAACAAGCAAGAAUCACAGGAUAUCACAUCAACAUACCUGGUGGGUAGAAAACGUAAAGUCUCCGUAAACGAGGGACUCCAAAUAGUCACAUUCCCACCAAAAUGGCCUGGCGUGACCAGCCUUAGGUCCCUGCUUGCCAGAGAAAAAGAUGAAGAUACACCUCGGCUGACUGUUCUACUAUGUGAAGCCUUUACAGCCACUUACUUAGCUUUACUAUUAUAUGGACUUGUCACCUGCGAUUGCGUUAUUUUGUUCCAUGUUACUGCUCACCAUUUGGAUUCCGAUGUUUGGGGAAAAUUGUUUGGUGGUGGAGUUAAAAAACUACUGCGCACUGCAAGUCUUACGGGUAAUCAUCCAGGAUUGCAAAGCCAAACAAGCAUACAAACACCGAGCGAAGAAUCCAGUAGACCAACCAACUGGCUAAACAAGCAAAGGUUUAAAUUGAACACUAAAUUGUUGGGACAACAGACUAGUGUCAUGAAAGAAGACAAACCUACUUAUCGGGAACAAUUCGUCCCCCCUGAAAUGAGUAUAUUGGCUUUCUUAUUACAGAAGCCUCAAUCAGUUUACAAUGUAGAUGAAGUAGAAAGUGAAAAUGAAGAUGAAGACGAAGAUGAGGAUGUUUUUGAUGGCCCCGCAACAACCACAACCACAAAAACUGUCAAUAAUGAACAUUCGGAUCCCAAUUCCUAUUCUUGGUUGAUAUUAAAGUUGGCGACACUGAGAAUUACACAAAAUAGACUCUUGGAAUUUUUGGCGGUUGCCGGUCUUGAAACAUCAGAACUACCCGUUGCAAGUCCUUUGAUACACAGUUCUUUGAGAAGCUUGACUUAUUGGCAAGAUAAUUUAAAACGCGAAUUGGAGUUAAGGCAAACACCUCCCGAAUAUAUUCCUGGAUGCUUUAUCGAGAGCACUACUAGUGGACCACCAAUUCAAAAAUACAAGCAAUUAUUGGAACCUCAUAAUACGCCAUUUUCUCUUAAAAGUUCAGCAAGUCCGGCCCGUUUGCUUUGGCAUUUUUUGGUUCAUCAGGAACCUGUGCAAGAUAUAUUUAUUAGAGCUGUGUUUGGAGGAAAGCGACGGUCUACCACUGCUUUGGAAGAAGUAAUUCCACAUCCGGAACCUGCAUCCGAACCAGUUAGAAUUAUCCAUAAGGAACACGAUUCUAUAUCGGCUUUCUCCCUAAAUCAUCUAAACGGUGGUUUAAUUGUGAUAGCCACCCCUCGGGAGUUACAAGAAAUGGACAUUUCCUUGCUCCUAGAAUUGCCCUCCUGGCUAGAAGACGAGUGUGAAUUGGAUAUUUUAAAUUUGACCAAAGACUGUCCGGAUAGUACAGUGCCUCCGUUUUUGGUCAUUCAAAGUACCGGAGAUAGGAGCAAAGAUACUCAACCCAGUAGUCCGCAACCUGGACUAGGGAGUCAGAGUGGUAGGGGUGCUAGUGUCAUGAAGGGGUUAAGCUUCCCGGGCUGUCACGAUGCCAAUUUUGUCCAUCUCGUCUUGCUUCGGUCAGCACACAUGCUUCGACCGGUGCUAAAACAUAAAAUGGAUGGAGUGAGGAGGAUAACUUCCCAUCCUUUGCUUCCUCUUUAUUUAACUGGAGGCACAGACGGUUCAGUGCACCUAUGGGAAUGGGGUCACCAGCAACCAGUGGCGACACCAAGACCACCAGGCACAUAUGCCAAAGUGACUAGGCUCAGAUUCUCACAGCAUGGCAACAAAUUUGGCGUUGCCGACUCAGACGGCAUGCUCAGUCUGUUCCAAGUUGGUCUGAGCGCUAAUGCCACUUGGCCAUUCUUUACUCACAAUUGCCAUAAUAAAGGUAUAAGCGACUUUGUUUUCCUCGGUUCUUGCAGUUUACUAGCUACAGCUGGCCAUAGUUCAGAAAACAAAAACGUUUGUAUAUGGGACUCUAUUUUACCACACAAUAAAGCCUUGGUUGUAGCUUUUACAUGUCACGAUCAAGGAGCAAGUAGCUUGGUUUUUGCACCACAGCAUCAAGUGCUGAUUUCUGCAGGAAAGAAAGGCGAUGUUUGCCUAAUUGACGUCAGAUCGAAGGCAAUACGUCAUAAAUUCCAAGCGCACGAGAGUGCUGUUAAAUGUAUUGCAAUUGAUCCGCAUGAAGACUAUUUUGCUACAGGUUCUGCUGAUGGAGACAUUAAGAUUUGGGGAGUGGCAGUACCGAACGUUCUCUUGUCUUUGCCUGCCGAACAUGCCCGAGGAAGUUUCUUCAAAAAUAUUGGUCAAGGAGUAACUCAACUUCAGAUCGACUCCCACUCAAGAUUAUUUUCUUGUGGAGUAGAUGGAAGCAUGAAAGUUAGACAGUUGCCCGACAGAGAUACUUUAUUGGGUCAUCACUAAAAUGGUUUGAUUUUAUUAUCGUGAUUAUCUAGUUAUAUAUACAGACAGUAUUUGUUAAGAUUUUUUGGGAGAUUGUAGAACAUUUAGACAAUUUUGUUGUAGGUAAGUAACUAAAAGCAGAUAUUUAAGCGCCUAUGAAAUGAAAUUCUGGAUAAUUAUUAUAGGAUUAACGAUAAAUUCAAUUUGGUUCAAGUAAAUUGAUAAAAAAAAGGAUCCAAUCAAGGAUCUUCAAUAUUAUCAUGAAUAAAUUAAAAACAUAAUUCUUAAAAAUUAAUUAGUUUGAAUUUGUGAUGAACUUUAACUGGAACGUCACAAAGAUAAAACCACAUAAUUUGCAAGAGAUAUAAAUGUUUAUAUGUUUUAUAGAUUCCGUUAUUUAAUUUGCUAUUAUGAAAAUAUACCAAUAUUACGUAUCAAAGUCCCCAUAGUUUUGAUAUACUUGAAUUAUUGAAGUUCAAAAGUCACGAGAAUAAGUUUUGAAUUUCCAUGAAUUGGGUGUUGAUAAAGGUUAUUGAAAUUGGUUAUCAACUCAUUUCCACCAAUCGAAUUUAUCUUAACUUGCUGCGAUAUUAGACCUCAUGUUGUCGAAGAUUGGAAAAAUGCUAAAUCGCCUUGCAUAAUUCUUGUUUGUGGCUUUGAUAAUCAUAAUGAACCUUAUGAUAAUUAUGAGGAAAUUUACGAAAUAAAAAACCAGGCAAAAUAUUUUUUAUUGGAAUUUCGCAAGGAUAACAGCUAAAAGAUUAUGUAUUAUUGAUGUUUUACUUUAACUGUAUUUACUAUAGUAUUAUCUAUAAUAAUAUGGUGUGUAUUAUCUAUUAUUAUUGUUAGUAGAUAGAUGAAUUUAAAAAAAUCCUAUAUUUAGCUCAACAAAAUGUGUACCGCUUCAGAAUGUUUCAUUUGUUUAAUGUCUUAAAUGAAUUUUAAAUUUGUGAAUUGAUUAAUUUCAAACAGUUUUUAAUUGCUGCAUUGUGAUUUAUAUGAUUUUAUUUACAACAAGAGGUGUCUCCUAUUGUGAUUUUAUUAUUAUACCAAUUUUUUCUUUUUGAAAUCACCUUUCGCUUUUUACAAAUCCUAUAUUCGAUUUUUCAUUCUAGUCAUGUUUUUAAUUAUUGUCUAACUCUAAGAGACGGUCUAUCAAUUCUUUUCAUAUUAGUUAAUCAAUUUCAAUAUUUUUUUUAACUUCUCAAUAAUAAUCUGAUUGCUGUAUUGAAUAUGAUACUAUAUUGUAUAUAGAUAUAAGAUUGAAAUUGUUAGCUCCUACCAAUAUAUUAUUAUAAUAAUUACUAUUGUCAUGUAUAAUCGUAUAUUUAAUUAAAAAUUUAUUA